UCGUGCUACAGCUGUCUGUUGUGACGGUAGUGUGGUGUUGUCGUUCGUGGGCGUUCGUGGGUCGGCAUGAGCCGACGUUCAAAGUGCGUUGUAGUGGUGUUGACUUGAGAGAAGAUUUGCGUGCUCUGUGCACAAAAAGAACAGUUAGCUAAUGACAUCACCUCAUUAAUAUGUAAAGUGUGUUUAUGUGUCUGUUACACAUUAAUUAUAAGUUUCAACAUUAAUGAAAAUUAUUAUUUAUGUGUUAUAACAAUGUGUAAUAGCUUUUGAAACAGAAAGGUUUAAAAGAAAAAUUAUACCAUAUUGUUGAACAAGUGGUCAAUGAAAAAUGAAAUCAUCGAAGGUAAUUGAUGUCAGCCAGGCCUCACUUGUCAGUUUAAAAGCAGAACUUUCAAGAAAACAAGAGGAAGUUAAUAAAGCAAAAACAGAAGCACAGGCUUCAUUUAUUCACCCUGUUCCUCGUCAAAAGAAAGAACAAGAACCACAUCCAAAACUUGUGAAAGAUGUCAGUGAGGAAGAUUCUGAAAAAAGGCAUGAAGAUGAAGAACUACACAGAAAAUCAAGGGCUACAUUGGAAGCUAAGACACGCCUGUAUGACAAGUUGAUGCAAGCUUCAAGUUUAAGAGAUGAUGAUGACAAUGAAUACUUAGUUAAUUUUGAACAAAAAGCAUUGGAAAAUGAGAAUGCAGAAAAACAGGUCAGAGAUGAGGAUAAAGAAGAGGAUGAUAUUCAACAUAACAGUGAUGAAUAUGGAUCAGCUUCAGAUUCUGAGGAAGAAUGGGUGGAUUACACGGAUUGCUUGGGUCGCACUCGACGGUGCUUGAAGUGUGACUUGGAAUUUGUGAAAGAUAAGGAUAUUCAGCUGGCAACAUCUCUUGGUUUUUGCGUGGACAAGAAAGGUGAUGAAGAUGGAGGAAAACAAGAAACCACAGGGCCCUUAAAACCAGAUUUGAUGUCAAACGACAUGCGCCGGGAGCAACUUCGUCAGAAAUGGGAAGAGCAGGAAGAGCUUCUGAAAGACAAGAAGGAUAUUCACUAUCAAGAUGUUCUCUUCGAUGAGGCGCGGUCGCACGGCGUGGGCUACUUCGCGUUCGCGCAGGACGAGGAGGAGCGGCGGCGGCAGCAGGAGGCGCUGGCGAAGCUGCGCGAGGACACGCACCGCCAGCAGGACGCGGCCAAGGAGGUGCGGCGCCGGCGCCAGGCCGCGCUCAGCGCCCGCGUGCGCGCCGCGCGCAACCGCCAGCGCGCGCGCCUCGGCCUGCCCCCCGAGCCAGCAGCUCCCGAGCCAAAUGAUGUCGAUGAUGAUACCAAAGAAGAUGAAGAAGCGAAGAGAGUUGCUGAAAUGGAAGCUGACAGACUUGCAAAAGAAGAGGAGAUUAUUAAGAAGGCUCAAACAGUUCGUCCAUGGGACUUUGGGAAGGAAAAGAGGAAGCCAUUUCAAGAAAUGUCUCAAGAAGACUGGGUGAAGAAAAAACGAAAGGAAAGAAAUGAUGAGUUCGCUCCUCCUCGAAUGUAUGAAGAAAAUAAGGCUUCCUCCUCGAAAUCACGUGCUUCUAAAUCCCCUGAUAGAGAGUCACCAGAAGAGGUGGUGCAGCAAAAAUACAAAAAAAUUGUGAAUGAAGUUACGAAUCCCAUUGAAAUUUCAUCUGAUGAGGAAACUGUUGAGCAACCACGAGGAAAAGGCACUGAAAUUCCGCCUCCUCCCACAUAUGAGUAUUACGGCCACAGUGCAGGACGUGGAAAGGGACCAAAAAAAUCAGCAAAAAUGGAUGAAAUUGAAAAGUCAAUUUCUGUUGGCCUCAAAUUUUUAAGAAAGCAACAGGAAGAGAAAGCAAAGAAGAAAGAUAAAGGACUUCUUGAUAUUAUAUGAAAUAUAUACUUUAUAAUAUGUAAGGCAAAAAUAAAUAUUACAUUAUUA